AUUUUUAUGCUACCGACCUAGCGGCGGAGGUCUCGGGUCUGACAUCAGGUAAGAGCUCUUGUGUAUAUGAGUGACGCCAUUUAUACAGCCUGAGUCGAUUCUGUUACAAGAAACUCAGAAGUUUCACGUAUCCUCUUGUUAUCCAUCCGAAGUUUCCUGGUUUCCGCUCUUGAGGUCGAGGAAUCGCAGUUCUUGCGAAUAAGUAGUUUAAGCUCUAGAAAUAGAUGAUUGCAAUAGAAAAGCAUCAAGGAGGCUACCGUUUAAAAACCGCUGAGCUCAUUUCCGGCUUUCAGAAGGGCAGCAAUAUGUGGCCCUAUAUAUUUACAUCAUGAGUCUUAGGUUUAGUAGGUGUAUCUACCUGAUUGACCUAGGAUCUUUAGUCUAGUGUCAGAAAUUGAUGUCGAGAUCCGUGUACGUUUUUCUGUCAGAUAGAAAGUGGUUGCCAAGCACGCGAAGCCAUUAAGUUGUCUAUCCUGCGACGACAUUUAGGAGGCCAGUGCGUCUACAGGUUGGACCUCCUCUCCGCUGAUGGCAGCGAGCAACCGUAUCUUCAGUAUCCAUCGAGAUCAUCUUGCCAAACUUUUGCGACGCUGAUAGACAAGACCUGAAAAACGCUUGAGAAGCUCAUCAUGCCAGCCUAAGCGCGGCGUGAUUCCAACAGCGUAACGUACACCGACAAAUGCGGUUUGGAAGUGUCUCGUUCCGCAGAACCACUUGGCGAUUGAGUUUCCGUACACGACCAAGGCUAUCGCUUAUACAACGCCUUUUUUUUGUCACCGUGAAUAUUACAGCAAGUAGAAGAGAGCGACUAGUAGACAUCCUUUGGAGUUAGAGACUGAAGAUAAAAAAUUAUUGACAACAACAACAUCGUGGACAAGAACCAGUAAAAGACUUGACUGUGCUGUGGUGCAGAAAAUUUUGGAACCAGUGUGCACCAAUCAAAAUCGACCAAGUAUUGUGCAGUAUACAAGCGAGAAUGUACAGUGCCGGAACGUGGUCGCAGUCCCAAAAUGGGGACUCUAACGGGGGCCGCAAAACUGAGCGGGGGGGCCAGGGAAACGUCUUUCGACAGGCUCUGAAGGGGUUGAAAUCGCCAAGAGCACAGCCUGGUCCAAGUCCUAAUAUUAGCGCCAUAGCACCACCACCGGCAUCAAAAAUCGCAGUGGAAGAGCCAGACCUGGGGAGCGUAUAUAAAUGAUUAUGAUGUAAUGUUCUUGACGAGGUAUGAUGUAAUACUGAUUCCCGAAGAACUUGAAAAAAUCAAAGUGGUGCGAUCGUGGAGGGAGCAUAAUUACAUUUGUUUACUGCACCGGUAGUCUUCGCAUUGUUCUCUUUAUUUUUUUUGCAUCUUCAUCAAGGUCCGACUGUUGCGCAGUCACUUUUCAUCACCAUCACCUUCGCCUACAUCAACAAGGAAAAAUAUCACAGGAUCGCAUGAAGUUUGAGCCAAGCAGUCGAACCAAUGGCGAGGCGAGCGGUGUUGUGCUAAAGAAGAAGAGCUCUAUAGCGAUACUGAAGCGUCCUGAGAAUACUACAAUUUUACGGCAGCAGGAGAACCAUCAUGUCGGAGGCUCGAAGCCGGUCCGCCUUGUUUCAGCGGCAGAUGCGAAAAAGGUCAGAAUAGUGAGGCGUGACCAUAGGGCUGAGUCAUUCUUCGACGUUCCAAAGCUGAAAAGGACGAACAAGACUGGCGAGUUCGCAUUCGACGAAAGCAGUGAUGAAGGUAAUGGGAUCCAUUUCAGAUGUUUAGAAGGUAGUUCAUGAGGUUAUGGAUAUCGUCGAUUGAUACCAACUUCGAAUGGUAUUGAAACGUUAUUUGUGCACCCUGUAGUACCUCUUUGCAUGUGGAUUCUUACUCUAUGCAGCAUGAUGAUUAUCUUUGAUAUCGAAAUCUCUUGUGACUCACUCCCAUCGUAUGCCGAUUGCAGGACCAGCUCCGGCGAGACCUGCCACAAGCUCCAGCUCAAAAAUUACGCUCGUCUCAAAGUUAGACAAGAAACGAGGAAUGGAGCGCGAUCUCUUUGACCGUAAGAAGGUGUAUGUUAGGCAGGAAGCGCGACCGUCAAGGCUACGACGUGCUAAACCCGCGGAGGAGGACUCUGCGAGCGAGCCGUCACAGCGAAAAGCCGAGCGAAUACAGCCGCGACAGAAAGCAGCACCGGCUAAAACGGUACUCCAAAUCGUAGAUGCUUUGUGGUGAGUUCUUUGAUUCUUUGACACUGGUCUUAGUUUUUCUGUAAAAAGGCUGUGCCUGCAAUAAUCGCUGGACUUCUGUGCUAGGCGUAGGCAUACAGUCGAUCAAUAAAUUUGCCAGGUUUCUUUACGUGAGCAAAGAGAAAAGAUCCGAGAGACUGACCCGACACGCCGAAAUAUAGAGCAAUUGAAGCAGGAUGUCAGGCAGGCGCAACGUCGGGGUACAUCGGUUUCAACGCAAUCGUCAGAGGAAGAUGAUUCAGACGAGGCCGAGGUAUACACCCUUUUUGUGCGGAUCGCGACAGUACUUAAUCAAUUUUCUUCAGAACUUUUUUGGCAAUCGCACUGCGGCCAGCCUUUUAGGAUGAUUUAUACGUGUUUGAGACAUCAGAGUUCUUUUUGAGCAGGUACCUUCUUAACCUGACAUAAUGAUUUGUGAAGUUCACUUGUUCUCAUGUUUCACACCAGUCCGAUGAAGAGGCCGCGCCACCGAGGCCAGAGACACGCAAGACACGAGGAAGGACCGCUGCAACAUCGAACACACAGCAAGCAGCAAAUGGAAAGAAGUCAAUCUCACAGCACGGCGGACCGACAGCCUCCACAUCCUCCAGUAACAAAGCUGCUCUAAAGGGGUCUUCCGCGGUUCACAUCACUUCGCAGAGUGGUCAAGCCGCUACGAUGAUCAAGCGCGGACGCGGUCAUUCGCAGCCGCCUGUCGGGGGCAUGGCACUCGAUAGGUGGAUGGGUAAGCGGGAAGGAUAUUUGCCCGCCAGCAGCACGAAAGCGCAGGAGGCGCUUGCGCCGAUGGCUCCCAUUAAGCAAGUAAUAGUUCACCCACCGGGUUCGGUGGCAGCCCCAACGAGCUCGAGCGGAGUGAAGAACGACGACGUCUCGGCAAACGCGAGCUCGGCAGGUUCGUCUUCACGCGGCAAUGAUGUAAUCAGCAGCAGCAACUCGUCCAUCGCAGCCGCGGUGUCUUCAAAGCAACGCAGCACAGCGCAGUCUACCAGAGAUGGGCCACACGCGAGUUCCAGUAGCAAAGCGGCCGCAACUUCGUCAAGGGCAGAACGAGUGCGCGAGGACCGGCGAGCUGGCGGCGGAACCGGUGGCAGCCGCCGCGUAUACAACGAGGCUCUAGCGUUACCGAGCUCCUCGCGCAACGCGAAUAGCACAGAUCAUGGAGGCACUCGAAAUUCUAGUGCAGUGAAUCAUGGAGGAGGUGGAGAGCACAAGAACGCUGCGCAGCACCGAGGAACCGGCUCCGCCGCCGCGCGUGGCCGGCACGAGCGAGACGCGAGCCGGGAGACGGUACUCAGCAGUUCUGGGUCGAGCAGUAGUAGCAGCUCCGAGAGUCAGCGAGUCGUUCGAGGGAGUACGCGUGAUGCGAAAACAAGCUGCGCAAGCAAAACGUCGUCGGCGCAGAACAAGCAGAAAAUGCAAGUUUCUGCGCACUCCUCAUCCAGUAAGCGGCCGGCAGUGGAUGCUCGGGACAGCAUGAGAAAAGCCGCACCACCUGCGAAAAAAGUCAGGCAUAUUGAAGCUUUACAGGAUGAGCGCUCUUCUUCGUCUGGCCUUCGGCGCAAAGGCUCAGACAGGAGGCGGAAGGACAAGCGGAAGAAGAAAACUGUGCGGAAGCGUAGAGGGGAUCGGUCACAAUCAAGUUCCGACUCGUCGUCUAGCUCUUCCAGUAGCUCCGAUUCUGAUUCCGACUCGUAGAAGAGCCUCUUACGCAUGCUGGCUACCUUCGUGGGUUGUUGUUAUCAGUUUGUUCCAAAUGUUGAUUGUGAUGUAGAGCGCUUGUGAUUUUUAUUCGGAUCGAGAGAAUAUCUCUCGUUUCCCGCGUCGUGUGCUUAAAUAGGAGCACGGAAGAACUUUGCGGAGGCUUGUAAUUUUGCGAUGGCGAGUUUAGAUCUCGCUCCUCCCUAAACCCUCUAGUAUUAUUUUGGGCUGAUGUGCUAAUUAAAUUCACCUAUUCGAGAGAAUUAGAAUAUCUAGUGAAUAUCCCCCCAUAAUACAUCUGUUGCAUAUAUUCGAUACGCAGCUUAAUACUAGCAGCACGAUCCAUACAACUGACUGACCCAGUUCAUGCUCCCUGUCGCCUUAGAGCAUGCAAAACUUCGCCUUCAUUCGCC